AUGUGUUUGAAAUUGUCAAGGUAUGUAGAUGUACUUGGUAAAGCUUUGAUGUCCGAGGCAAAUAUUGCCGCAUUGAAAAUGUCCAAGUCAACAUCAACGAUCGAAUGUGAGAGUAAGAAACAAAAGAAACAAAAAGUCAAAAUGAUUGGUGAUUCAAUAGCCUCCGUAAAUGAAAAAUCAAAUUCAAGAACUUUUGACACGAUAAGACGAGAAAGUGAAAGGAGCAAAGAUAUACUUACUUGUAGAGAGUGUAGGAAGCAACAUUGGGGUAUCUGUUGCCGUUUAUCUGGAGCUUGUUUUAGGUGUGGACAAAAAGAACACUUAGCGAAAUCUUGUCCACAAGCCCACCCAAGCAAUAAAAGACCUGUUACCAGCGGGAUUGGAUCAACAAUAACACCAAGAACAAAUGCAACUACUACUGCUAGGGGAGUAACCUUAGACAAGGAAGGGGUUGGAAUUGGAUGCAACAAAGCCAGUAGAGUCACCCAUAUAGACCUAGAGAAUUACGAUUUGAGAGGAACACUUUUCAAUUUUAACUUCUCUUCCUUCCUUCAUCUUGUCAACCUUGAACAUUAUAACAACUCAAUCCAUGGGACCAUCCUCUUAAACAUUGGUAGCCUUGUGAGACCUACCAACCUAAGCUUGUCCUACAAUUGUCUUUUAGGAACAAUUCCAUCAGAAAUAGGAAUGCGUAGCUCUCUGAGGGAACUCCUUUUGUAUUCUAACAAUCUUUCAGGUCCAAUACCUUCGUCUAUUAGAAACUUGGGUAAUUUAACCAAAUUACGCCUUCCCAAAAAUAAAUUUGUUGGACCAAUCCCUCAAGAAGUUGGGGUGCUAAGAUCUCUCAUUGAUCUCCAAAUGUCAAGGAACAAUCUUACAGGUUCAAUCCCUACUUCCAUACAGAACUUGGCCAACUUAACCAUUUUAAGCCUUUAUGAAAACCAACUUUCUGGAUCGAUCCCUGAAGAAGUCGGAUUGUUAAGGUCUCUAUAUAAGUUGUCUCUCACUUUUAAUAACCUCACAGGUUCAAUCCCUGCCUUAAUAGAGAACUUGACCUAUUUAACCAUCUUAUACCUUUAUGAAAGCAAACUUUCUGGGUUUAUCCCGCAAGAAAUCGGAAAGCUUCUGUCUCUCAAUAAACUUGAUUUGUCAACAAAUAAUCUCACAGGUUCAAUCCCAACCUCUAUAAGGAGCUUGGCCGACUUAACCAUUCUGAAUCUUUAUGCCAACAAACUAUCAGAAAACAUUCCUUCUAGUAUUGGAAACUUAAAUAAGCUCAAGCAAUUGAUUUUAUUAGGUUUGAUCCCAAAAAGCUUGAAAGUUUGUGCUAGAUUGUACAGACUUAGGCUUGACAGAAACGAACUUGUAGCAAAUAUAUCAGAAGAUUUCGGUGUAUACCCAAAUUUAAAUUAUAUUGACUUGAGUUAUAAUCAUUUAUAUGGUGAGUUAUCUCCAAAAUGGGGACUUUGUCAUAAUCUGACAAGCCUGAAGAUCUCCAACAAUAAUAUUUCUGGGAGGAUAUCGUCUGAGCUUGGAAAUGCAACUCAACUAUAUGUACUUGACCUCUCUUCAAAUCAUCUAGUUGGAGAGAUCCCACAUAAUCUGGGAAAGUUGCACUCAUUGUUCGACCUUACUCUGAGUGAUAACAAACUUUUUGGCAACAUUCCACUGGAAAUUGGUAGCUUGUUUGACCUACAAAAUCUAAACUUGGCAGCAAAUAAGCUCAGUGGCUUGGUCCCAAAACAAUUAGGGGAGUGCGUGAAGCUACUAAACUUGAAUUUGAGCAAGAAUAAACUUGGGGGAGAUAUUCCUAUUGACAUAAGCAAGUUGCACUCUCUUCAAAAUCUUGAUCUUGGCCAAAAUUCACUAAAGCUGAGAUACCACAAGAGAUUGGAGAACUGCACAACUUAG